CGCGAAUUAGGUGAGAAGAUGCAUUCAAGCGAAUGGGUAUUUCAACCCCCACUGCUGCGCGGAGUCAACGUGGAGCUGCUUAAUCGAAACCUCUGGCAGCAAUUUUACGAGAAUAAUACAUCAGAAAUGAUAAUUACCAAGAGCGGUCGGUGCAUGUUCCCGUCCGUUCAAAUAAACGUAAACGGUUUGGAGAAACGUGAGAAUUAUUAUGUCCUCAUGAAGAUAGCACCGGCCUCCGAUCGCCGCCACAAGUACUGUGGAUACCAGAACGGGGGCGAGAACAGCAAUAUGGGUGGCUGGAGUUUCGUGGGGUCGGCAGAACCGCAACAGCCCUGUGGCUAUAGGAUUUAUAAGCAUCCCAAGAGUCCGGCAACAGGGAGCCACUGGAUGGACAAUCCGAUCAGUUUCAAUAAAUUGAAGCUCACGUACAACAUCAACGACCCCAAUAAUAACGUGGUAUUAACAUCGAUGCACAAAUACGUUUCUAGGAUCUGGAUAGUUCGUUGCUUCGAUGCGAAGAACUACAACGAGCUCUUUACUCAUUCAACCGCGUUGUUCGCUUUUAAGGAGACGGAAUUUAUCGCGGUGACGGCAUACCAAAACGAGAACAUUACUAAGUUGAAAAUCAAUAACAAUCCAUUCGCGAAGGGUUUUCGCGAGAUGGGUCAGUCACGGUUCAAGCGAAAGCAUCAUUCGAUCGAUCAUCAGACCCAAUCGUAUUCCAGUCUCGAAGGGGUCCCAUUGACCUACGACUCCGAAUCGAAUCAGCCGAACGACCCCCCCCCCCCUUUAAGGGUUCCAAGCCCAUUAAAGCAUGCGAUUAUCUUUUACUUUAGCCGGGGAGUCGAAGUUGGCCGGCCUUGCAACGUGGGAGAAGCGGACGCGAAUCCCGCCACCGUUGCGAGUCGAUCCCCGGCGCCGGGCAUGCUUGAAACGCAGUGCCCGUGCACUGC